UGAAGAUUUUGUUCUCCCGCCUCACGACGACGGCGGCGGCGGCGGCUCGAAGUCUGGAUAUCUUUUAGACAUGUCUGGCACAGGGGAUAAGAAGCUUGGGUCCAGUUUGAGAAGAAGUCGCUCCGUGGAAGACCUGGACUGGAGUGUGAGGGAGAGGAGACGCUCUCUGGAAGACCUGGACUGGAGUUUGAGGAAGAGGAGGUGCUCUGUGGAAGACCUGGACUGGAGUGUGAGGGAGAGGAGUCGCUCUGUGGAAGACCUGGACUGGAGUGUGAGGGAGAGGAGUCGCUCUGUGGAAGACCUGGACUGGAAUGUGAGGAGGAGGAGUCGCUCUGUGGAAGACCUGGACUGGAGUGUGAGGGAGAGGAGACGCUCUGUGGAAGACCUGGACUGGAGUGUGAGGGAGAGGAGACGCUCUGUGGAAGACCUGGACUGGAGUGUGAGGAGGAGGAGUCGCUCUGUGGAAGACCUGGACUGGAGUGUGAGGGAGAGGAGACGCUCUGUGGAAGACCUGGACUGGAGUGUGAGGGAGAGGAGACGCUCUGUGGAAGACCUGGACUGGAGUGUGAGGAGGAGGAGUCGCUCUGUGGAAGACCUGGACUGGAGUGUGAGGGAGAGGAGACGCUCUGUGGAAGACCUGGACUGGAGUGUGAGGGAGAGGAGUCGCUCUGUGGAAGACCUGGACUGGAGUGUGAGGGAGAGGAGUCGCUCUGUGGAAGACCUGGACUGGAGUGUGAGGAGGAGGAGUCGCUCUGUGGAAGACCUGGACUGGAGUGUGAGGGAGAGGAGACGCUCUGUGGAAGACCUGGACUGGAGUGUGAGGGAGAGGAGACGCUCUGUGGAAGACCUGGACUGGAGUGUGAGGGAGAGGAGUCGCUCUGUGGAAGACCUGGACUGGAGUGUGAGGGAGAGGAGGAGUCGCUCUGUGGAAGACCUGUGCUGUGCUUUCGGAGAGGUGGAGGAGAGUCUGAUUAAAGGCAGUGCAGUCCUACUCAGCAAACCGGACCCUGAACCAGCAGAGGCUGUAUCUGUUAUAAAAGCACCCCAGCCCCAACUGGACAGCAGCAGUUGGGACAUUGAGUCUGGGCAAAGCUACAUGGAUGAGAGCCUGGACAGUGAACCAGAGGCCCUGCAGUGGGACAGUCUGACUGACAGCAGCCCUGUGAACAGCAGCUCCUGUACUGAGGAAGAUUUACUGAACUCCACCUUUGAGGCCUGUGAUACAGACAACACAGGUUGGGUGAGCGCGGAUCAGAUUGUGGAGUACCUGCAGGCAGUGACCGGGCAGCCCCGAGAUGAAGGACCCCUCCGGGUGCUGCACAGGGUUCUGGACCCCGAACAGUCGGGCCAGGCUGUGGAUCAGAACACCUUCCUGUGUGUGAUGAAGGGCUGGGUUGCGGAGGUCAGAGAGGACGGAUCAGAGAUGAGGGAGAGCGAUGAAGUGGAGUUUAUCGAAACUGUCUCCCUUCUUCACCCGGGAAAGAAGACAGGGGGCAGCACUGCUCAGCUGGAGGGCUAUGGGGGCGAUACCAGCAGGGUGACUGUUGAGCCCGCAGACCUGCUCAGCUCCAUCGAAGGCCUUGAGUUUACAAACAGGAGGCUGAUUGAGAGGAAUGAGACGCUGCAGAGAGCUGUGGAGGGGUCUGAGGAAACGAGCAGCCAUCUGAAUGAAGAGAUCUCCCUCCUGCAACAGCAGCUGAGGAUGUGA